GAUAAAUUCUAUCAUCUCGCCAAGGAGCAGGGGUACCGAUCUCGAGCAGCGUUCAAGUUGAUCCAGCUGAACAAGAAGUUUGACCUCCUGAGCAAGGCGAAAGUCGUUCUCGAUCUCUGCGGUGCUCCAGGAUCAUGGUCGCAAGUAGCCGCCAAGAACUGCCCUGUCUCCUCCAUCAUUCUCUGCGUCGAUCUCUGCCCCAUCAAGCCCAUCAAGCGUGUCAUCGCGCUGCAGGAGGACAUCACAACCGACAAGUGCAAAGCAGCAAUCAAGAAUCACAUCAAGACCUGGAAGGUCGACUUGGUCCUCAACGAUGGUGCGCCCAACGUGGGAGCGAACUGGACCAAGGACGCCUACAGCCAGUCAGAGCUGACGCUUCAGGCUCUGAAGCUUGCUACCAACUUCCUUGCUCCCGGAGGAAACUUCGUGACCAAAGUGUUCCGAUCGGCAGACUACAACUCUCUCAUCUGGGUUCUGAACCAGCUCUUCAAGCGCGUAGAGGCCACGAAGCCGCAGGCGUCUCGUAACGAGUCUGCAGAGAUCUUUGUGGUGUGCCUGGGAUACCUGGCUCCGAAGAAGAUCGAUCCGAAGCUGCUGGACCCGAAGAACGUGUUCGAGGACGUCAACGAUGGGCCGGCGAAGAAGGCAAACGUGCUGCAGCAGAAGAAGCUCAACGUCAGGCACAGGGACGGUUAUGAGGAAGGAAUCACGAUGCUGUACAAGGAGAUCUCAGCCGAGGAGUUUGUUCUCCACGAGGAUGCGCUGCAGGUCCUGACAGACUACAACAAGAUCGUGUUCCGGGAGGGGCAUGAAGUAGACGAGCAGCUGCUGGAGCACGAGAAGACCAACGAGGAGGUUAAGGAGUGCUGCAAGGACCUGCGCGUGCUGGGGAAGGGAGACUUCCGCAAGCUGCUCAGGUGGAGGGACAGCAUGAAGGAA